AAAGUCCCGUAAAAUUACGACCGAAGUGCGCAUGUCAGUUUUAUAUCUGUGUGCUUGAGGAAGGUUAUGGAAAAUUAAAAUGGAGAGAGAACAUCGGAAACGAAAGUUAGAUAACAGGCUGGUAAAGUGACAUAUCCUAGCAAUGAGUCACCAGAGUGAGAUAGAGAAAGAGAAGUACAGAAACUGGGUGAAAGGUGGAUUGGCAUAUAAGUACCUAAAACAAGGUCUAGACGAUUUUGCUGAUGAUAUUGUUAAGCAAGAACAAAGCAGAAUAUUAAGUUCUAUUAAUUGCACACCAGGUACCAGCUGUAAUCAAUGCAUUGUUGAGCGUUUGCGACCAAUACACGCAUGCAUAACAAAUUUUGCAGGUAAUUAUGAAUGCUACUGGGGUCAGCGUAAGUGUAAUUGUUUGCACUUGAAGAAGAAAAAAUGUCGUCUUAAAGUAUGUGAUUUCAUUAUGGAAGAAAUAUUAAAAAGCCAUGGAUCCACCCCACCAACACCAAACUGGGCAAAUACAGAUAUACAAAAGUGGUGUACAGAACCAUGGGAGGUCGCCAAAUGUUUCAUAAAUGCACCUGGAUAUUCAGACACGACAAAGGCAGCUGAUAUAGACAUAUCUGGAUUACUCCAUGUCUUUAUUAAUAACACCAGUCUUCAUUCUCAUUUAGCAUGCUCCAUGGCUGGAAAAAAUAUUUUUAUCCAGGUACGCGAAAGAAGAAACAAGUUAUUUCAUUCCAAUACCAUGGAAAUGGAAGAAGGGGAAGUGGCUAAAUGUAUAGAUGAUAUCGUUGGAAUUCUUGAAGACCCAAAAGAACUCAGAGGAAGACCUGAAGCUCAGGAAGCUGUCCGCAAACUUAAACAGUUGAAGGAAAGCAAAUUUAUAAUCACAACCAUCAAUGAGGUAGAUGUAUGUAAAGAAGUAUUGUUGUUUGUAAGCCAAAAAUCGGGUGAGCUUAAACAAAUGAUUGAAGAUGGAAAAAAAGAAGUUAGAUAUGUUGUUGACCAAGACACAACAAUAGCCAAGGAAAGCAUAGAAAAAUGUCAAAACGAUGCAGUGAAGGAAUUCAACGAACACAGCAAAAGUCUAUACGAAAGAGUUAAGAAACUAGAAACUCAAGUACCUGAAAGAAUGGAGAAAUUAAGAACAGACAUCUCUGAAAGAUUCAGACAAAUUGAAUCAGAUGUUUCCUCUGUGAAAGAACGAGUGACAACAUUAGAAGGCAAAGUUAGAGAACUAGACGGUAUACGUCAUAUAUACAAGAGACGUUUAGAUUACGUCAAAGAGAAACAAGAGCUUCAAGUUAAACUUGUUAAACAUUACAAGAAAUAUUAUGUGAGUACAUCAAUUUCACCUUUGAAGCAACAACAUGAUAGCAUUCAAAUUAAAGAUGUUUAUGUAACUCCCGAGAUAAAAGUCAUGGAGGAAGAUCAAUCAUCAGUGGAUAUAGAAAAAGACGGGGCAAAGGAGCUAGAGAAGAGAUAUGUUAAAGGAUACCAUGAAAUCUUUCAUUUGAAAGGACAGCGACAUAAGAAGAUUUAUAUAUUAGGUAAUGUUGGAACAGGAAAGAGUACUUUCUGCAAAAUGAUGAUAGAAAACUGGUGUAACGCAGUAAGUAGUAGAACCUAUGAACCAAUGCGUGAUGAAAAUGAUCAAGAAACAGAAAAAUCGUUAUCCAAUGAUAUAAAUAUAGCAAACGAGUGUGAUGAUGUUAGUCAGGUGGGAGAGUAUGAAUUUCUUUUCUUUAUCCCACUACAAUUUAUGGCAGCAUUUAAGUCUGACGUCACUGUUGAUAUGAUUAAAGAAUUAACAAAAGGUCUUACUUUAAACUCGGAGUUGAUUGACAAUAUAUUUCAACAAGACUCGGGACGUUGUCUUAUCAUCGCUGAUAGUUUGGAUGAAUGGACACCACUUCCAAAAGACAUUGUGCGUAAACCACAUGUAAGCUUUGGAAUACCAAACGGAGACCUUGCUAAAGACGCAACAUGCAUCACAUUAUCUAGGCCAUCAGCAAUAGGAAUUCUGAAUUUAAAAAAUUCAGAGAUUGAUCUUAAGUUACAGUUAUUAGGUAUAUCUAGUAGCUCAUUGAAAUUGUUCAUCGAACGAUAUAUUUCAAACACAAACUCACCCGGAAAGUCUUAUAAAGAAUUCAUUAAAAUUAUUAAAACAAAGCAAAUUAAUCAUGUAGAGGAAACUCCAUUGCUUUUGCAACAACUACUGUGGUUAUAUUGUACCGGUUUGGAACUUGGAAAGUCUGUAAGUGAAACUUAUUGUCAGAUUUUGAAUAUCAUGUGUAAUUGGUUAGAGCACAAAAAUGACGGAAAUGAUGGACGUGAUGGUCAAAAUGAUGCAAAGGAAGAUAAAAACAUAGUUUUGCCUGAAAGUUUACAAAAAUAUCCUAGACUUAGAACCAAUAAACGAAUUUUAUUCCUAACGGGUGCUACGGCAUUUGACGUUUUGACUUCCGGUUCGAUAAAAAACGUAUUUGGGCGACGGCAUCUUCUGGAGAAGGGACUAUAUGUAGAUGAUAUCACUAAGCUACUACAAUUUGGUAUCUUAAAUGAAAGCAACUGCUUUGACCCAACACAGGAAGAUACACAAUUUGUUUUUAUCCACAUGUCUUAUCUUGAGUUCUUUGCCGCCUUGUAUGUCACCUCAAAUGAGAACAUAAAAGAAAACCAAUGUUUUGGAGAUAAACGAGAUAAAAUACAGGCGGGUAUAGAAAAGCUUUUAGUUACAUGUAAAUCUGCUAGUGAGAUAUUACAGUUAUCUAAUGUUAUUAAAAUGGUCUGCGGUUUGUCUCCCAUCCUUAUUGGUGAUUUGUCUAAGCGGAUAUAA